UUCUCCCACAAAACCCUGUUUGUUUCCCGAGAAAAUCUACGGAUUUUCUUGCCCAUUUCGUAAGUUUGGGAUGUCUCGAAACAGCCCUUUGCAUGGGGAUGGUGGUUAUCGUGGUUUUGGAGCUCGAAAAUUCACGUUCAAGAAAGUUGUGAAGCUGGUAAUGAGAGAUCGGACGAUGUCCCGUUUCCAUGAUCUAAUGGAGAACACUUUCAGGGAAAUAGUUCGAGAAGCGGUGGAUCGCGGGCUUCAGCCCUUUAUCUCAUCACUGGGAGGAUCGCUGCCAUCAUCGACGUCCCUGGUCGAGCGACCGCGUUUCGAGCUGCGUUUCGUCAACUCCCUACCACCGGCGAUCUACACCGGAGCCAGUAUCAGGGCCGAAGACGGUUCCUUGAUCAAGAUCGAGCUUGUCGACACCGUCACGAACUCUCGCGUCGUGACUGGACCGCUCUCUUCGUUGCGGCGGCUCGAGAUCGUGCCGCUGGACGGCGAUUUCACCGCGGAAAGCUGGGAAACGGACGAGUUCAACCGGAAUAUUCUCCGCGAACGGAAAGGGAAACGGCCGUUAGUUUCCGGAGAACAAGCGGUGACGCUUAGAGACGGAGUAGGAGUCAUCGACGGGGAUGUUAUGUUCACCGAUAACUCGAGCUGGACACGGAGCCGGAAGUUCCGGUUAGGGGUCCAACCGGUACGAAGAGAUGUAAUGGAGGCUCGAAGCGAGCCAUUCGUCUGUAAAGAUCGACGAGGCGAAUCUUACGAGAAACACCAUCCGCCAUUGCCGGGAGAUGAAGUGUGGAGGCUCGAGAAAAUCGCAAAACUGGGCGAUCCAGCCAAGCGUUUGGCCGGAAAAGGGAUUCGUACUGUAAAGGACUUCCUCCGUGGACUGACUAUCGAUCCAAUUUCCAUACGCCUCAUAGUGGGCGGGGAGACUUCGAACAGAAAAUGGGAAGCCAUUGUAGCACAUGCGAACCGUUGCGUUUUGGACGAGACAGAGUUCUACACUUACCGAUCGCUUUCUCGUGGCGGUGCCCUUCUUCUCCUCAACUCUGUUUACAGAGUGGUGAAGGUUUCGAUCCAUGGCUGCCCUUUUCGGAAUGUUGAUCAUCUCGCCAUCAGCGAAAAGGUAUUUUUGGACGAACUGAAGCGUGAAGCGUAUGAAAAUACAGUUUCGAACAAUGCCCACCAGACAUGACAGUCACUGACUUCCAAGGGAAUCCCUUACAUCUGAACGACCGGUUCUCGCAUCUCGUCUCCAGAGACCGAAAUACCGAAAUGGCACCAAACAGUUCACAGACUGCCGUAACAGGUCAAGUCGAAAACACUGAUCAAGCCCACGUCAUGAGCUUGACGACGGCCUGGUCACCUGGUUCGAGUUGGUGGGCACGACAACUGUACGAUGACUUGUACGUCCCUCGUACGGAUCAGGAAUUGGGACAGUUAGAUGUCUUUUCCGAUUCGAAUAUAUGUCGGUGGAGGGUCAUCAGGUCUCCGAGAGCUCAGUGGUUCAAGAUCCGAGCUGCCAUCAAGCUCCGUGAAGUUUACACAGUUGCAAGGAACAGAAGAAGGGCUUACAGUUACAGGCCGUACUAGGGUUUCGGAGGUUUCUUGCGGCGGAAGAAAUCUGUGUCUAUGUGUACAUAUUUGCGCUAUUUUCUGCUCUUCCUUGUCAAGUGGAAUAAGAGAUAGGAAAUUCGUCACGGGGACGAAAAAGGAUAGUUAAUAGGCAGUUGGAUCCCAGCCAUUGAGUCCAUGAAUGGCGUCAGGGCCAUCAAGUUUGGCGGUUGCUUAGUUCGUAAUGUAAUUUUCUUUUUCUGUAUUAUUGUGUUUACAAGAACGGUGUAAAAACAAUAUUACUGUAUGUAAGCUUAACACGAUCA